AUGUCGAUAACUUUAAUCGAAAAUUUAUCAAAGGAAUUUUUCUUUGAAAUAUUUGAAUAUCUUGAUGGUUGCGAAAUUUAUCAAGCAUUUUCAAAUCUAAAUUAUCAUUUUCAACAAUUAAUUAAUUCGUUAUUUCUUUCAUUGAAAUUUAAUUUUUAUCGUUUAACAUCUGAUAAUGUCUAUACAAAUACUUAUAAACAACUUUUAUUUAAUAAUAAACAUCAAAUACUUUCAUUUCAUAUAACAUUACCAUUAGAAAAAGAUGACUUUUUGUCAUCAUUUUCAAUUGAUUCAUCAUUUGAUCAUCUGGAAUCACUUAUCAUCAUUGAUAUUUCAGAAAAUAUACUCCUAUCACUUCUUGCUAAUUUAUAUUCAUUAUCUCGUCUUUUCUCAUUAACAAUCGAUACACAACAUAGAAUAAAUGAUUUAAGUGAUAUUUAUCGGUUAAUUUUCACUUUACCCAAAUUGAAAUAUAUUAAAUGUUCUUCAGAAAUAUAUGUUACAUGUGACUUAUUGCCGAUGGCUACCAAUGAACAGUUCAGUAAUAUCGAAUAUUUUAUUAUUGAGCAUCCUUUUGCUUUUAAAGAACUUUGUACUUUAAUAUCUUAUGUACCACAACUUCGUCAUUUAACAUUUUCGGGUCUAACCGACGAGGAUAUCAACAUUAAAGUUAUUAAAUCAAUAACAUUAUCAAAUUUAACUCGUCUUUAUAUCCAAAUAGAUGAAAUAUCAGCUGAUAAACUUGAAAUAUUUAUUAAUAAAUUAAAUGCAAAACUCAAAGUAUUAUCAUUAGGAUGUACAUCUGUAGAUAUUGAUUAUCUUAAUGCUAAUCGAUGGGAAAAUUUUAUUUUAAAUAAUUUACCACAAUUGGAAAAUUUUUAUUUUACAUACCAUGCAUAUUUUGGAGAUGAUGAUAUACCUUCAAUGUAUUUCGGAAUUCGAGAUCAAUUUAUUUCAUCAUUUUGGCUUCAACGACAAUGGACAUUAGAAACUGAAAUUGAAUUUGAUACAGUCCGAUAUUCAAUCCGUCCAUAUAAAAAACGAUGGUAUGAAUACGAUAAACAACAUAUCAUAAUAAAUCAAUAUUCUAAAUCAAUACGAUUGAUUAUAAAAGAUGUAUCUCCUGAAAAAUGGUUUAAAACAUUAUCGAUCAAUCAAUAUAUAGAUCAUAUAUUGACGGUAACAAAAAUUUAUCAUUUAGAAAUUCAAGAAACAAUUUGUUUUAGUAAAUUAUGUGAAAUUUUAUAUAACUUACCUGAACUUGAUACAUUACGUAUUCAUUCUUUAUCAUUUUCAAAAACAGAUUAUUUAUCAGAUGAAGAACUCGAUAAUGUUAUUGUUUUAUUAAGUAAAAAUCACAUUACAAAACUUUAUUUUGAGAAGAUGAAUGAAAUAGAAGAAAUUUAUUUAUUGAUGUUAGCUUUUCUUCAUAUAAAUUAUCUUCAAAUCAAAUGUGUUAAUUAUAUGGAAGCUGAAUUAUUAGUAAAAUUUAUUUUAACACUUAUGAAAAAUGAAUCUUAUCAUUUAAUUCGAUUAUUAUGUUUUUCUAUUCCAACAGCAGAUGAUAAGAUGGUUAGAAAAUUAGAAGCUAUAAUCAAUGUUAAAAAUUUACUUUGGAAUUGUACGAUUAAACGUGUUGUCGAUAAUAUUUAUCUAUAUUGGAAAUAA